AUGGACAAGAUACCAUCCCAAAACCCUCAGUGUGAAAGGUUGAACCAGAACUGCAUCAUUUACGACUCCAGAGCACUCACAACAGGGCGUUUAUGUUUUCCUACCAAGAUGAACGGCAGCGUAUACGAGAUGCAAGCCGGAUCUGCACAUGGUAUUACAGAGGGCUCCGAAUUCAGUCUAUACAACGACAGUCUCACCAUCGACGACUCACCCUCCCCCUGCAUCUUCGUUGUUGCUUCUGCGGCCGACAUUGGCCCAUUCACCACAACACUUCAGAUCAAACAUACAUCCACCGCCACCGUUACCAUUCUUUCCGCAACUUCUUGCGUUUUGCAGACGACAGCCGGGGACUCGGCGGAGGAUCUUUUGCUAUUCGCUCCCCUCGAUGAAAAACUUCUCGCCCUGUAUAAAACUCUGGCGAAAAUGAUGAAGGAGUUCCAUCCUGGUAAGAGGCAAAUCCGGCCUGUCCUAGAGAAGGAAAAGGCGAGACUCGGCCUUUCGAUUGUGGACAACAUAAUAGCGUUCGAUAUCCUUGAUCCGCGUCUCGCAGAGCAUGGCUUGACGGGUAUGCCUCAUACCGUAGCAAACAACCCGCAGGAAAUCGUUCUGGUCCUUCAUGGCGCUGCUCAUAGCUAUUGGCAUCUUAACCACGAGAUCAACGCCUUUUACAUCGACAACACCGACUUUAGCAUUGAAACAAUCUACCAAUCACCAACAAGCGGUAAAUACAAAACCUACCUCACCCUCCCCAAAAAUGGCGGCUAUCUCACCCUCGGCUACGGCUUUGGCGGGGUUGAUCCAUCCACCUAUCGCCUAGAGGAAGGCACCGAUAUUGACGUGGGGUAUCUAGUAUUCUUCAUCGCCUCGGAGAGUGUCAAUCUCUCCAAGAUUAUCCCGCAGAAGACGCCGUUCGAGGGUCCGGGACGCACGUCAGUGUCAGUGUCGCCAAUUACGGCACUUUCUUGGUGCCCAUCGUCCAGCGCCAUUAUCCUGUCCAGGGGCAGUGAAGGCUCCGAAACUUUGAAACCGGCGUUUAUCUGCUGUCGAUUUUACUGGAGAAGUUCAGAUGGAGGUCGCCAUUUUAAAGUUUACUUGCGUAGGAAUGUCUUUGAAUCAGAGAAUUUGAAAGCAAAUGUUUUGACUUUGAUGAAAUGA